AAACCCAUGGUGACUCUAUAAAAAUAUCAUCGACAGAAUAAUCCUAAAUCCGGAAGUUUCACCUACACUUUUUGUAAUAUCUUAUUUUUGAAGAAUGGCAGACGGAAGACUUGCGCAGGACUUAUCUACACCUGGCUUUGACCCUGAACAUUAUAUAAGCAGGUUGUCAGAAGAAGGGGAAAUGCCAUUGUUGGAGAUGAGACAAAAGGUCCAUAUACUCUCUGAGAAAACUGCCCAAGAGCUGAAGAAAAAUGUCUACAAAAACUACUCACAGUUUAUUGAAACUGCAAGAGAAAUAUCCAUCCUUGAAGGAGAGAUGUAUCAAGUGAGUCACAUGUUAACAGAACAGAAGCAGCUGAUGAACACAAUGUUAGAAAUGUCCCUCGUUAGUGAUAAAGCUGUUGUUGAGGAAGCUCCGAAGGAAGCAGAACCGGAAAACCCGGAGGAGGAAACCCGGCGUAACCUUGCCUUCCUGCUAGAGAAAGUUGAGGGAUGCUCUAGUGUAACAGAAGUUCCAGGUAGACAACUAAUACACAAUGGAGACCUGGCAGAAUUACACAUGGAAUCAUUCGCUCAAGUGCAAAGAGUUCACAUGUUCUUGCUGAAUGACAGCUUAAUGAUUGCCUCCUGGCUUCCAAACAGACGAGGGCCAGUAAGAUAUAGAUUUCAAGGUUUAUAUGAACUAGAUAAUCUUGCCAUUGUAAACAUAAGAGAUGCUGGUCCAGUUAAAAAUGCUUUCAAAGUGUUAAUGUUUCCUGACUCGAAAAUCUACCAAGCCGAUAGUGCCAAGUCGAAGAGGCAAUGGCUGGAUAUUUUAGAAGACACAAAAAAGAAAAAGUUAGCUAGAGACAAGCUGAAGAAAGAGACUGUAGCCCGGCUGGCAGAACAACAGAUGACGGCCUCUGCUCAUGCCGCACAGAAACAGGAUGAGGAUAGAGCCUUAUCAGCAGAGACAGAUGAAGUGGAUAGUGCUACUGAUGCCAUGGAAACAGAGUUACUAGCAGCUGAUUGGUUACAGGAACUGCCAGAAGAUUUAGAUAUGUGUAUAGCACAGAGAGAUUUCGAAGGAGCUGUUGACCUUGUUGAAAGAGUGAAUGACCAGCUAAAAGAAUGUCAGAAAACUCCUGCCAUCAAAGAAUUCAGAGCUAGGAUUGAUCACAGAGUGAAGUUGCUAACAGAAGGUUUGAUGAGUGAGUUACAGGUGUCACCAGAGCGGUCCCUUAGGGGAGGUCCUCGUGCUGCCCGUAGAGCUGUAGCCCAGUUAAUACGCCUAGGAAGAUCUGCACAGGCAUGUGAUUUGUUCCUGAAAAAUAGAAGUGCAAUCAUAAAGUACAACAUUCGUCAGUUAAAGUUUGAAGGAGCAACCAGUCUAUAUAUACGUUGUCUUUGUGGCGUAUUUUUCUCAAGUCUAUCAGAGACUGGGCGAGAAUUUCACAAAGCAUUCCCUGAACAUUAUGGAUGUUUUUCAGCAUUUAUUGUUUGGUCCAAAAUGGAGCUGGAAAGUUUCAUCAAGAUAUUUAAACGCCAUGUGUUUGACAGUAAAUCUAACCUUCCAACAAUUGCUGAAUGUGUUUCCAUAGCAUCUAAACACUGUGAUGAGCUGGCAGGAGGUGGACUUGAUGUUGGAUUUUAUCUUGCAACCACAAUCAAUGGUGACCUUGAGAGAGUGAUAGAGGAAAAUAGGGACCAGAUUAUAGAGGGGAUUAAAUAUAGGGCAGUGGAAGAUCUUUGGCGACCUUUGAACCUACAGAAUGAAACUGAAUGUAAUAAAUUUGUUGAAGAAAUGGCCUCUGUUGGGCUGGAUGUUAAAGAUAGUGUUUAUAAUGUGUGUUUUAUUUCCCUUACAAUGAACACAGCACAGUUUUGUAAGGCGUGUAUAGUACUGGCACAGAGUUUAUUACUGAUAUACAGUACGGAGAGGGAGGCUCUUAUUACAAACACCCUAGUACAGAUCUUUAAAGCACAGGUCAAACAUCUAGAAACUUCUGUCAAAUCUGACAAGUUCAAAAAUGAUUUAAAGUUUAUCCUAAAGAAUUCACAGUACAUUCUAGAAGUACUAAUGGCCAAGAUAGAGCACAUGUAUAAAAUACAGAAUGUUCUCUUCCCUCACCAGCUUGUCGCUGUCAACGGUGAAUACAGAAGGUUGAAGACUACAGUAUCAAAUAUGGCAAAGUGACCUCCCUUUGUUAUAAAAACGCCAUUAAGUAGUAACUAAAUUGUGAACCACCUCUUUUCACAGCAAGGAAUGGAGUAUUAAUUCCAAACACUUUUCCCUCACCAAUGCUUAUCAAACUUAAGAAAUUAUUAAAGUGAAAAUUUAUCCAUUUCUAUAACAGAGUGGUUUCCCUUUGUUCAAUUCAGAUAUUGUUAUGUAUAAAUUACUUCCCCUUUCUAAUACAGAUAUAUUUAUAGGAUUAAAUUUAUUAUUUAUCACUAUAUCUAGUCAAUCCAAAUGAAGAAUGAAAUCUAGUGCAAAUAUAGCAUAGCUUAGUGUAUGUUAUUACCCUUUUUGUAAACGAUAUACCUAUCAUAUAAAGAUUAUAAAAUUUAUCAUCCGUUUUAUCGCUACACCUAAGUUACCAGUAUUUUUCAAUAUAAGGGAAGCUACUUGCUGUAAAGAAAUUCUAAAAAAAUAUGUGUAGUUACCUCCCUUAAAAUAAGAAAAUUUAUCACUUUCCAUUUUGAAAUGAUGUGCUUUAGUACAUAUAGUGAAUUAAGUGGAAAAAAAGUUGAGUAAUGAUAAUUUUAGUUCUACAUCAAAAUUUUUACUAGACAUAAAUUUGGUUGUCAGUUAUCACUCUUUCAAUAAACUUAUGUUACCAGCAAGCAAACAGACUUUUCAAGGUGAAAUUAUUUUUUUAUCUAUGCAUAAGGUUGGAGUAAUUGUAAAAGCCUUUAUAUAAAGUACACAUUUGUAUUUUAAAUCAAAAAUAUUUUAAAAACUUUUGACAUGAAAAUGUGCGUUUUAUCAUAAAUUAUGGAAAUAGUUUAUCGGCCAUAAGAAAAGCAAUUCUUUUUUACAAAUACUAAGUUUGUUUAACUGACUCAAACUUAAGUGAUUGCAGUUUUUUAAAAUGCUAGUAUUAGGCAGUCAAUAGUAAUAGGCCUGAACAAAUUGUACAUAAUGCAAGCUAGUAUGGCUGUAAAUUGGUGGUAUAAACAAAUCAUUGUUGUAGAGUGAAAGCAAUUUGUAUAAAAAAAAUUUGUACAUUAUAUAUCAUUUCUAAUACUUGGUUCCAUGGGAAAUGUGCAAUAUUAGAACUUCAAUAGUCUGUAGGCUUUUACCGUAUUAAGCUGGUGUAAAAUGUUGGCUUGGCUUAUAGCUAGAUAUAUGUUAGCUUAGCUGAUUGCUAGAAAGAUGUUGGCCCAGCUUAUACCUACAUUGUAAUAAUGUUGGCUUGCUAAUAGCUAAUUAGAUGUUGGCUUUGGUUAUAAGUAGAUAGAUGUUGGCUCAGCUAAAAGCUAGAUAAAUGUUGGCUUGGCUAACAUCUUGAUGUCAGCUAAUAGCAAGAUAAAUGUUGCCUUAUAGGUAGAUUAAUGUUUGCUUGACUAAUAGGCAGAUAGAUGUUAGCUUGUCUUAUAGCUAGAUAAACAUUGGCUUGGUUAAAAUCUAAAUUAAUUAAUACAUUGUAUGUAGUUUUGAGUUAUUUAAGUUUGUCUUUACACAUUGAAUAGGACAUUUGUCCACUUGAUAAAUGUGUUCUGUUAAUUGGACAAGACAUAAAUAUCACAGAAGAUCAAUGUUGUAGAUGCUUUCAAACUGUAACAAUGUUUUCCACAUGAUCAACAAGAGCUACUUCUAGAUAAAAACGCAUGAAUUUAGUGUCUAUGUAGUCAUCUUUAUAAAACAUACUGAUUGCAAAAUAAAGAAAAAAAUUAAGAUAUUAACAAAGAAAAUCCCCUUGCACCCCUUGUUUUUUACAAUGCACAUAUCAGUAUGAAUUUUCUGAAUAUAGGUCAAACAAUGUGAUAGUUUGGAAUCAUUUAUAACUUUAGUUUACAAUGAAAAUCAGCUGUUUUUAUUUGUAUAUUGUGAACUUAAUAUUUAAUAUGUAUCAAACAUAUAUGUGUUAUUAAAAGUGUUAUUGCAUAUGCUUAGUUAGAUUAUUACCAUUGUAUAUACAUGUAUAUCUGCAUUAUGAUUUAAGUGAAUUUUAUUUGUGAACAAAAGAUUAACUUAACAAAUUUUGUCUUUGGUUAAUAAAUUUAUAUUAAACCCAUAUAAUGCAAUU